CAGGAUAGCGUGUAGAGAGCGUGCGUGUAAUAGUCAAGAGGAAUAAUCAUCGGCCAGGCUUGCGCGUUUUCCGCUCCGGGAGGCUCAUCUCUUGGCGUGGGGACUGGGCCGACGGCGGACAACUGAACGUUCCAUCAUAUCAAGGUAACUGUCACUCCUCCGUUGCUUGCUACGGAGUACUCCCCAAUCUCAACACUCCCCAAUCUCAACAGUACAACCUGAGUAUCCGGAACAGGACCCGUGUCAACAAUGUCGCUGGAACCGCCAACGUAUCUCAGCUCCCUGCAGAACAACAUCCGCGCCCGUCCUAUCCCAUGGGAGGGAGCUGUCCGAGCUGGUAACAUCACCGACGACCACCUAAAGAAGAUCAAGGCCGUGGACAAGGUUCGCAAGGAGCAACGACACCAAACUGUUGAUGGAGAUCUUCAGGGAUAUGUCAGCUUGUUUGCUGGGGGUGGAGAUGGAAAGAGUGUCCUGGACUCGGCGUCGAAAAGGACCGAUAUUGUACAGUAUAUCCUGGUGUUGGCGGUGGACUUGAUUACCGAUGUCCCAUCACUCGCUUCUGCGCUGAUUGCGCACGCCGACCCCUACAAGCCAUUCCUCCCUCUCCUCCGCCAUUCUACGAACGCUGAAGAUCCCAUUCCGCUGCUCACAUCAACAUUCCUGACGAACCUCGUGUCUACAAGCUUAGUGUCGUCAUCGAAACCCGCUGCCAGAGAUGACGAGGCGCUUCCUCAGCUCUACGCUUAUCUCUCCACCCUGGUCCGGAAUCAAGAUAGCGGGCUGCAAGACAUUGGAGUCCAGGAAUACUCUGCAUUGCUUCGUACAGCAAGGGCAAGAGAGCUCUUCUGGAACCAGGGAAAGGAUACCGUGGAGCCGUUGGUUGAGAUCCUCCGUGCCGCUGCUGGAGCAAAGGACAAUGGAUCAAGCACGGCUGGUGGCAGCAGUGUACGGGCCAUUGAGCCCGGUCUUGCCGGUGGUGUUGGGAUCCAGCUUCUGUACCGCGUAUUGCUAGUCUUGUGGCAAUUGAGUUUCGAAGCUGAGCUGGUUGGCGACGAUCUUCAAUCCGAUCAUGAAAUCAUCCAACUUUACACGCAAUUGCUGCGAGUGUCGCCCAAGGAAAAGACAACGCGACUCCUUCUGGCAACCCUUCACAAUCUCCUCUCCGAGAACCAAACCACCUUGCUUCCCAUCGCAGCGUUUGUCCGCUUACCCGCCCUCCUGACUAACCUCUCUGGCCGUCACUUAACCGACGAGGAUCUCCUCGAGGACCUCAGGUCCUUGUCCAGCAUGCUAGAUGAGUACACCAAGACGCAGACCACAUUCGAUCAAUACGCAGCCGAAUUGCAAUCGGGCCACCUCCGCUGGUCGCCGCCGCAUCGGAACCCUACAUUCUGGAGAGACAAUGCGCGACGGAUCUUGGACGAGAGCAACGGUGCUUAUCCAAAGAAGCUUGCUGAAAUUCUCGCCAAGCCUUGGGACAAUGACAAGCAAGUGUUGGCGAUCGGGUGCAAUGAUGUGGGCCAACUGGUGAAGGUGCUGCCAGAGCGACGGAACCAGCUCGAGAGGUUGGGUCUCAAGACUCGCGUGAUGGAACUGAUGGCCGACAAGGACGAAUCGGUACGGUGGGAGAGUCUGCGAGCCGUCGGUGAAUGGCUCCGUUAUACCUUUGAUAACUAAUGUCUUUGCUUUCUGUUUGUUGUUCUGGGUUUGUCAUGCGUGUGAUUUGAAAUGAAUACUAUUCUUUGGUUGCAUUUAUUAUGGGUUGUCCAGCGUAUUAUGCCUUUGCUUAUCUUGAUCUGUGUAUUUGUGGAUAGGGCGACGAGGUUUUCACUUUCUGAUUAGCCAGUCUGGUGUAUGUUAGAGCAUACCUUCAAUGGAUAUCCAAUACUCUGUUCUCC